CGUUCACCAAAUCACUGAAUCAUUUAGCACUUAGUAGGAGAAGCCUGCGACUCCAGCCUCCUGAACUGGUACACUGGUGCACGGUUCAGGAUUCAGUUCAAUUCAAAGCUUCUGGGACCAAGAGAUGAGAGUGUUUGGCUGUGUUGCUUUGGCGAACAGGUUUGUAAAACUGAACUUGUUUAUAGGUCAUGAUGUUCUAAGUGUAUUGUCCUUUGGUAUGCUAUUUACCCGGUCAGCUCGGUAUAUUGGGGUCAGUGAAUGACUCGUUCACUUAAGGUUUAGAAGAAUUCACACUGAUUCCAGAGAGUUCAAUGCGUAAUUCGUUCACAAAGUGAUUCAGGCGUCGGUGCAUAUUGUCCCCUGUUGUGGGACAAUAUGUGCUGUGCUGUUUCUCACUUCAACUCAACUGAAAUGAGAAACGCACAAAUCACUCGAUGAAGUGAUUCGGUUCAGUACGUUCACUUAAAGAUUCUGUUCUUUUGAACCAAUCGUUCUCGAACGACACAACACUAAAAGCAUGGACUCUUGUCAGUUACGUGUUGACCUAAUUGGCACAGAUUAUAAUGUAACACUAUAUAGUAUUUUAUAUAAGUGUAGCUUUUCAAAAUAAUGAAGUUUAGAAAGAAAAUAGAAGGAUAACUUUUAUUUAAGAAGAAAUAAAUGUAGCUUGAAGGCUAAAACUAAUCAUUAACUCACCUGAUGAGUCGAAGACCGUCAACAAUAAAAGUCCAAUGAGCGUGCAUGACUCACGAGGCAGCAUUUUCCCGCAAAAUAACAACUUUGCUGUGCUGAAGAAAGCUACAAAAAAGAAGAUAAAAUCGGUUUCAGAGGCUGUGUUGUCUCUCAAACACACACCCGCAUUUUCAUUCACUUUACAACAACAGCUUCAAAGUUGACAACCCCUUCCUUCCUGCUCUGGGUUACCUGUGCGCAGCAGCACGAGAGGAGGGCGUGGUCCGCAGGUACGUUACGGUUGAACCUGCCCCAACUUGACGGGCGAGGAGGUGAGGAAGAGCAGACUGGCACUCACUCAGUGCAGUUCCGCCCUCAAGCCGAAACACCACAGAGCUGUUUGAUUCGGUGAUAGACUUUGUGGUAAAACACGAGUCCUUAAGUGACUUCGACCACUGUGUGGCACAAUGGCUGCCCUAUUUAUACUCUGCCAAACAUGCCAGAGAUUGCUGGCAUGAGCUGGUGUUCCCCCAAAUGAGGGGGAAACAGGGUAGGGCUUAAAAAGCGAUCACUUCAAAUUUGGAUAUCACUUAUUCAGUGACUUACAGCAUCUCUGGUCACUUCUACACCAUGAAACUUCAGAAAAGUAUUACAAUGGACUUUAUUAGUUGUCUGAUAGCUAAGAGUGAGGUAUAGGAGUAACACUCCCAUGUUGCAGAGGCUCUCUCUUGCCUCCACAUGCCUCCAUGACGAAGACAUUCCUGCACUGAAAUUUACCUUAAGGCAAGACUGCUAAAAACACACAUUUGUGCAACAUAUUUUGAAACUUUAACCCCUCAAAUCAUCACAAAUAUACAUGUUCUUUAAUGCACAAAGCAGUGUAGACAAUACUCACAAAUUCAGCAUAUACAAGCCACAUCUUUUUAACCUAUACUGCCCAUUUUUUAAAUCAUAUAUCAUGUUGUCUUGACCAAAACUUUUGAACAAAUUUAGGGUUAAAACUGCAAAUUUAAAGAGGUGAAUUUUCAUCUCCUAGUGCAAACUUUUAAGCAGACAAUUACAAGCGACUCUAUGUGUUUUUUUGCGAAACCAGUCUGACAGCAUGCAGAGUGGGCGUUGUGGUGGAUUGAGACAGCUUCAGUGAGUCUCAACAACAGAGCUCAGUGCAGACCUAGCAGCAGCUGUCACACUUCAGUCUCCCUCCUGCAGAAAAGCCAAACUUGUGCCUCGCAAAGUUUCACUGCAACAGUCUUUUACUCGAGCCAACAGAGAUAAGCAGUUUUUAUGCAGAGCUUUUCCAUUUUUUUGUGUGGGUCAAAUGUGCGUUAAACACUUUUUCAGAGUCUAUCAUGGGCUGAUGAUGAAUUUUUGGCUUCAUGUUUAAUGUCCUCCCCUUGUUUUUAAAAAUGUUUUUUUAACAGAGCACAUGAUGCAAAUCAAAUGUGUAAAGUCUUUAAUUAAACAUCUCUUGGAGACAAACAUGCAGCUCUCAUUGUGUGUCAGCAUCCUGCUUGUUAGACUUAACCACAUGAUUAUAAUCAAACAAAGCACAUUCCUUUAAAUCUUGCCCCAUUGAAAAGUGUAUAAAAAAACUUUGAAUAGUUAAACAGUGAGUUGUUCUGUUAAACCCACUCCCUCCACUGGCAAAAAUCCCACCCUCUCAAACCAGCUGUUUACUGGGCUGAUCUGAUUCUAAGCUUCUUCUACAGCCCACAUGAGGGCAGUAACACAAGACAAAUGAGCUGCACCGUGUCUGUGAAAUGGUCAGGAAGUUUCACAGCUGCAGAGAAACUUCAAGACAUUUAAGGAGUAAUUUCCAGGGUAGUAGGAGCAUCACAAAAAUGCUGAGCCCCAUGAAAAGAGAAUCACCGCCUCUCUACGUCGACAACUUGGUGAUGUGACCCAUUCCAGAUUUAAAGAACUAUUUAUGUAACACCCUGAAAGUUUUGGGUUGAAUAAAUUAGUUAUCUGACAGAAUAAGUUACCUGACAAAACAAAAUUAAAGUAUUAAAGGGAUAUUCCAGCGUAAAAUUAAGUUAUGGUCAUACACACCGUAACACCGAGUUAGACACCCCGUCAAGAGAUGAAUGUUGCAGACUGCUUGCUUCUCUAGUUAUACCAACUUUAGUUGUAGUAUAGUUUAGUAGUACUGUUGAUGAAGUUAGGUGCUGUUCUGAGCAUUAUAUUUGGCUAUAGAGUGGCGUUUUGGUUGAGUGCAUGGCUCUCGGCAGUCUGCAACAUUCAUCUCUCGACAGGGUGUCUAACUCGGUGUCACGGUGUGUUUGACCCUAACUUAAUUCUAUGCCCGAAUAUCCCUUUAAAUAAAAGACAAACAGAAUGAGUUUGGUCAUCUGGAGAAAUACCUGACAAUACGAGCUUAUUCACCUGACAUGUUGAGCCAUAUGAGCUAUCUGAGGACUGAAAUAAAAGACAAUAUUUUAAAAAAAUCUAGAAAACUCGAGCUACCUUAAAGCUCUUGUGGGGGACUUUUAGUUUGUGUUCAUUUCAGCGCCCCCUGUGGACAAAAUAGUCUUUGAUUUUUGUCCUCUACAUGCUCAAGGAGUAUCUCUUGAAAAUAAUCAAAUACUUUAUUUGCAAACAAUCCCAUGAUAACAACAACAUUCAACAAAAUGAGAAACUGUAAAUGAUUAUAAGCAGAUCAAGUACCAGCAGAAUCUAAAUUUGACCCUUGUGGUACUCCACCUUGUGCUCAAAGACACCAGCUGGCCUCAUCUGUUGCCACACUCAUACACUCAACCAGCCAGCCUGGAGGAGUCAGGGGGUCUGAGGACUCAUUGCCCCCAGAGAGACCAAAAGCACCGAAUACUACACCCAUAAACCGGGACAGCAGCUCCCCUUACAGCUGUCUGCAGCAUACAUAAAAUUAGACCCACAGACCUAUAGACAGUCAUACUGUAGGCACCAGCAGGCAGAGACAACUGGGAAGAUACAACAAGCAUGGACACAACUUACAGUUCCAAUCAGGACUUUGGUAAGAAAGUGUGGCAUGAAUUAUUAACUUCUUAAACAAUGUUUUUGUUAAUGAAACUUUGUGCGUUUCUGUGUUUUCAGUAUGUGCUUGUGUCUCUCUUUCUAUCUUUGUACCCAGGGAGCUGCACAGGAUGCUGUAAAGCAGUGUGUGGCAGAGACAGAGCGUGCCGCGCGAUGGGGCAUUUAUUCCAUGAAGUUUGUUUCACCUGCAGUGUUUGCAGUGAGUUCUCCUGAUGUCUUGGUUGAAAUUUGUGGACUCAAAUGUGAAUAUCCAGUUCUGCUGGUUUUGUUUGCUUUUUAGUAUCAUGAAAAGGCAUUUAGAUGAAUAUUGGUCUGUUUCAUGAAUACACAAAAAAAUCCUCACAAUGAUUUGUACCUCGUCUGAAGAAACAGCGUUAUAUCUCAGGAUUGUUUCCUAUUGGCUGAAAUUGGAAAAAGUGGUCUGACUGGGAUUCUUUUGUCGCCUCGUACUUUUAGGUAAAAAACUCAGCGGCAAACCGUUUUAUACGGUGUCAGGGAGAAUUUACUGUGAGGAUGAUUUUUUGGUAAGUACAGUUAAAAGAGUUGUACAAAUAAAUAGUUUGAAUACUACAUUAACACACAAUCAACCAGGUAUUUGAUGAAUGUGUUGUUCUCUAUUCAAUGUAGUACUCUGGAGUUCAUCCAUCGCCGGAGGUGUGUCACAGCUGUGGGAAUUUAAUAACUGACAUGGUGAGAAUUUUUUUCAGUUCGCAGUCUUUCCUGGAGACAUAUAAUUAUAGCCUAUUGGUAUACAUAUAUCACAAAACUGUACUCAGUAACUCAACACCACUGGCUCUCACACUGAGGCUCAUUUUUUUAUCACCCACCAGGUGUUGCAGGCUCAUGGGAAGUCCUACCACCCAUCUUGCUUCUGCUGUGUAGUUUGCAGGCAGAGCCUGGAGGGUCAGCCCUUCUCUGUGGAUUCAGACAGCAGAGUUUACUGUGUCAGCGACUACCACAAGUGAGUUUCUCAUACAACAAUAGGUCAAACAACAAUAGGCCGAGUCCUGGAUUUCCCACAGCAGACAAAAGAUGAAACCAAACCCUGCUAGACGAGCUGCUCAUGAGAUCAGAGUCCCGCCUAGAGUGAGUGUACUGUCUUGGUUUCAGGGUCAGGGCUCCUGUGUGUGCAGCCUGCAGAGAGCCCAUACUGCCAACUGAGGUGAGCGUAACCAUUGUUUAAGUUGGCACAUGGAAGUGACAGAUACUUAUAUCACCUUUCUGGAAAAAAUAUAAAGACAGCUCCUCUUUGUUGAUUGUUCCAGGGGUCCACAGAGUCUAUCCGAGUUGUAUCAUGUGACAGAAGUUACCAUGUGGAGUGUUACAGCAGUGAGGUUGAUCUCAUCUGAGUACACACGCCUCUACGCACAAACAGCUUUUUACCUUCAGUUUUGUUCUAUAAAUGUUUUCUAUAAAAAAAGAGUUGACAAGAAUGAAUGUGAGUCUGAAAU